AUUGAAUUAGUCACGUGGUAGACGCCAUUUUCAGUAACGUCGAAAUUAAAUUUAAAAUAAGAAAAUACUACUUUCACAUUUAACACAAUGUCAGACCAGGAACAGAACAGUAUGGGUUGGGACAACAAUGACAUGCAGCAAUAUGAUGAUGAAUCAGAUUUGGAUGGAAUGGAAAAAACAAGACAUAGAGAAUCAACAUCCCGAUCUCGGUCUCGAUCACCAGUUAGACGCUCCAGGUCACGGUCAAGAUCUCAUGAACGGCAUCGAGACAGAGCUCGUCGGAUAAAUCUCAUCUCCAAAAGAGUUAUUAUCAGCAAUGUGCCAUAUGAGAUGAAGUGGCAGGACAUCAAAGAUAUUUUUAGAAAAGAAGUUGGAGAGGUGCAGUAUGUUGAAAUGUUUGAAACUCCUGAUGGAAAAUCCCGGGGAUCAGGAAUAAUUGAAUUCAAAGACAAAGAUACUGCCAGAAAAGCCAUUGAAACCAUGCACAGAUAUAAGAUGAAAGACAGAAAUAUAGUUGUCCGAGAGGAACGUGAGAGUGAUCAGAACCAGAAUAUGGGAGGUGGCCGAGGGGGUGGAUCUGGGAUGAUGGGUGGAGGAGGAGGAGGAGGUCUAGGAGGUGGAAUGGGAAUGAUGGGAAAUAUGGGAGGAAGUGGAGGCAUGAUGGGUAAUAUGGGGGGAGGUGGGGGAGGACCUGGUAUUACCCCUCAACUCUUACAGCAGCUAGGUGUGGAUGGACCGGUAACCAACACAGUGUUUGUAUCCAAUAUUGAUUACAAAGUUACCUGGAAGAAACUAAAGGAUGUGUUUAAGUUGGCUGGAAAUGUACAGAGAGUGGAAGUUAUGCAGUCCAAGGAUGGAAAGAGUAGAGGAAUGGCCACAGUCAGCUUUGACACUCAGUUAGAGGCUCUCCAAGCUAUCUCAAUGUUCAAUAAUCAAACCCUGUAUGAUCGUCCAAUGAGAGUGAAGAUGGACAGUACAGCAGCAAAGAAACCAGAGAUACCGCUACCAUCUGGACUGAAGUCCAUUGGUAUGGGACUUGGUUUAGGAGGUGUACCGAUCCAAAAUCCCCAAGGUAGAUCUGGAAUGGGGAUGGGGAACCUCGGAGGAGGGGGAGGCGGUGGUGGAAUGGGGUCAGGAAUGUCCUCUGUUGGGGGCCUGGGCAACAUGGAUAGUGGGAUGGGCAUGGGAUCUUCCUUGGGAGGGGGAUCUAUGGGCUCAAUGGGAGGCAGUCUCUCAGGCCUUGGGCUGGGGGGCGGAAACAUGGGAGGAGGCGGAGGAUCCAAUGUUGGUCUUGGUGGUCUAGGGAAUUCUGGCCUGUCGGGAAUGGGACUGUCUGGAGGACUGAAUGACUUCAACUCGGGAAUGGGCUCUGGAGGAGGACUAGGCAGCAACUUUGGCAACUCUCUCAGUGGAUUGAGUGACAACCGUAUGGGUCUUGGCAGCCUCAGCAACAGUAGUCUCGGUGGAAACACUUUCAGCAGCAACAUGAUGGACAACAUGGGUGGUGGGCUAGGUCUGGGCAACAGCAGCAGCUCCAAUUAUGGAGGAGGAAGUGGGCUGUCAUCCUCCUACUCUGACCGCGGAGGCAGCAGCAGGGGCAGGGACAGGGACAGUGACCGGUCCACUCGCCCUGACAACUGUACAGUGUGUGUCAGGAAUCUUCCAUAUUCCUUGAAGUGGCAAGAUCUGAAAGAGAAAUUCAAGGCUGUUGCUGAUGUCAGAUUUGCAGAAAUCAAAAUGGAGAAUGGAAGAUCUGCUGGUUGGGGCUUAGUCCGAUUUGGAAAUCCUGAUGAUGCCCAGAGAGCUAUUUCUCUGAUGAACAGGAGCCGCAUUGAUGGGCGAGAAGUGGACGUCAAAAUGUACCGUUGAUCAUAAAUGGUAUUUUUGUUGACUCUUGACCCAGUUGUACUGUACACAGUUGUGGUUUGGAUCGAAUUCUGUCCUAGUUUUUUUGUCAUUGAUGGGCGUGUUGUAGUUUUUGUGAAGACCACUCACAGGAACACCUGAACAGCUGUAUAUAUAGAGUAGUUUGGAUCUAUGUUGUCCCAUUGUUUUAUCUUCAUCAUGCCAUUGGACCACAUUCAUCAUGAUUUUAUACUAUUGAGAAAUUGACCAGAGGUGUCUAGUUUUAUGCUGCAUCUCAUUUGGGCAGACUUGUUGAAGUAUCAUUUGAAACAUUUAUUGUGUCGUUUAUUUUUUAAUAUUGCCAAUUCAGUGGACCAUAAUAAAGCCGUCAUACCAUGAGACAA